CAACUAUCUGCGCUGCAUAUAUAUAUAAUCACAAACAUAGAUCUAGAAACAAGGCUUACGUGCAGCGAGCCCAGAUAAUCGACCACAAGCACUUUCAGUGAACAAGACAAUUGACAACGUUAGAUCGUCUCUUCCAAAAUGCAACGACCAAACGACUCUUUAGCCCAACGAGCUCUUUUCGUGAAGAACCUCAACUUUAACAUCACUGGCGCCGACUUGUACGAUCUCUUUGGCAAGUACGGACCCAUCCGGCAAAUACGUCUCGGUACAGACGCAAAUCUCAAGACCAAGGGGACAGCAUACGUAGUGUUUGAGAGUCCGGAUGAUGCUAAGGAGGCUGUCAACCAACUGAAUGGUUUCCACUUGAUGGAAAGAUAUAUUGUCGUGCUUUACCACCACCCAUCAAAACAGCAAGCGUCAGCGCUGGCCAAGGCAGAAUUAAGAGCACGAGAAGAAGCGUUAGCAGAGGAGAAGAGGCGGUUGGGCAUGAAGGACGAGUAGACGUUGUGUUGUUCAUGGGCUGGUUGGUUGCUGGAGGGAUUUAAGGCUGGGGCAUAGCGACGUCGGUCAGCACUAAAUUAAGAAGUAAAACAGGUCAAGGAUAAUUAGAUAGUGUACCAUUUAUUUGUAUGUCAUUAUCAUUGCAUUUU